AGGCCAGAAAAAAAGCUGAAGAUAGGAAACGGCAAGGAGGGUAACAUCUCAAUUCUCCCAGACGACAUGGCCAGCCUCACCCAGGAGCUGGGCACCGCUUUCUUCCAGAAGCACCAGCUCCCGGCCUCCAUGGCGGACACCUUCCUGGAACACCUCUGCCUGCUGGACAUCGACUCGGAGCCCAUCGCCGCCCGAAGCACAGGAAUCGUCUGCACCAUUGGCCCUGCUUCCCGCUCGGUGGAAAUGCUCCGUGAGAUGAUCAAGGCUGGAAUGAACAUUGCACGGCUGAACUUUUCGCACGGCUCUCACGAGUACCAUGCAGGAUCCAUUGUGAAUAUCCGGAAAGCAACGGAGAGUUUUGCCUCCAACCCGCUCUUCUACCGACCGGUGGCCAUUGCCCUGGAUACCAAAGGCCCAGAGAUCCGCACCGGUGUGGUCAAAGGGGGCGUGGACCAAGAAGUGGAACUGGUGAAAGGAUCGUGGGUGACGGUUACGACAGACCCAGCCUUCCAGGAGUGUUGCGACCAGCACACCGUCUGGGUGGAUUACGUCAACUUGCCCAAAGUCAUCAAAGUCGGAGGACGGAUCUUCAUUGACGAUGGCCUCAUCUCCUUGCUGGUCAAGGAAAUCCGCCCCAAUGGCUGCGUCACGGAGGUGGAGAAUGGUGGGAUCUUGUGCAGCCACAAGGGGGUGAAUCUGCCGGGGGCCGAGGUGGACCUGCCGGCGGUCUCCAAGCGGGACAUCCAGGACCUGCAGUUUGGCCUGGAGCAGGGCAUCGACAUCGUUUUCGCCUCCUUCAUCCGCAAGGCCAGCGACGUGGCUGCCAUCCGGAAUGUUCUGGGAGAGCAGGGCCGCAACAUCAAGAUCAUCAGCAAGAUCGAAAACCACGAGGGAGUCAAAAAGUUUGAUGAGAUCCUGGAAGCCAGUGAUGGCAUCAUGGUGGCGCGUGGAGACCUGGGCAUUGAGAUCCCCGGCGAGAAGGUUUUCCUGGCUCAAAAGAUGAUGAUUGGGCGAUGUAACCGUGCAGGGAAGCCUGUGAUAUGCGCCACUCAGAUGCUGGAGAGCAUGAUCAAGAAGCCCCGCCCCACGAGGGCCGAGACCAGCGAUGUGGCCAAUGCAGUCUUGGAUGGAGCUGACUGCAUCAUGCUGUCUGGGGAAACCGCCAAGGGGGCGUAUCCUGUGGAAGCUGUGCGGAUGCAGCAUGCGAUUGCUCGAGAGGCUGAGGCCGCCAUGUAUCACCUGCAGCUCUUUCAAGAGCUGCGCCGCCUGACCCCGCUGAGCCAGGACCCCACGGAAGUGACAGCCAUCGGCGCUGUGGAGGCUUCCUUCAAGUGCUGCGCAGCUGCCAUUAUCGUCCUCACAACAUCCGGCAGGUCUGCUCGGCUGCUGUCCCGCUACCGUCCCCGGGCCCUCAUCAUCGCCGUGACCCGCAGUGAGCAGGUCGCCCGCCAGGCCCACCUCAGCCGCGGUAUCUUCCCAGUCCUGUGGCGUGGGCCCCCCCAGGAGGUGUGGGCGGACGAUGUGGAUCGCCGAGUGCAGUUUGGCAUCGAGAUCGGCCGGGUGCGAGGUUUCCUGCGGUCCGAGGACUUGGUCAUCGUGGUUACAGGCUGGCGGCCUGGAGCAGGUUAUACCAACAUCAUGAGGGUGCAGCAGGUUCCGUAA